UUUUAGCACCGGUCUAAUACUGUAACAGAGAUGACACACACGAAGCUGAAGUAUAAGCUUCUGAUACAGUUGCAACUUGUAGUAGUAGUUCUACUUUCUGUUACUCAAAAAGCAGUAGCUACACUUUGGUGUCCAGAUUGUGGGAAAACCCCAGUACCUUAUCCACUUAGCACUUCACAAAGCUGUGGUGACCAGUUGUAUAAAGUGAGGUGCACUACAGGAAAGCUAUGGCUCGACACUCUCAAUGGAUCAUCAUACAUAAUCACAACUAUUUCCCCAAAGAUCCAACAGCUAAUGAUCAGUUCACAAGAGUUCUACAGGAACAGUUGUACAAGAGCUGAUUUACGAUCUGGUGGAAUCUGGCUGAAUCAGACAUUACCAUUUAGCAUUACUGACAGUAAUACUAUCUUGAAGUUCAACUGCAGCAAGUCUACUGUGAGGCUAUCAUCUAUGGAUUGUACUUCCAGCAGUCCGUGUUAUAAAUACAUGAAUAAAAGGUGUAUUGGUUUACAUUGUUGCUCAUACACAACUGGGGGGUCAAAGACUGCAUACCGCGUUGAUAUUGCAGAGGCUAGUUGUACUGCAUAUGAGAGCUUUGUUAAAUUGAAUCCGGCAUUGCCUGUAAGAAAGUGGCCACAACCUGGGAUUGAGAUACAAUGGGAAACACCUCAAGUACCUAUCUGUACAUUACCUUUAGAUUGCCAUGGUUUGGCAAAUUCAACGUGUUUGCCUGAUCGUGCUGUUGCAGGACAGAAGAAGAGAUGCUUCUGCAAUAAAGGAUUUUACUGGGAUCCGAUCAAUGGCACAUGUCAGAUUCGGAAGUGUGAAGGAAAAAAGCGGUGUCCUCAUCACAUAAACCGUAAGAAACUAUAUCAUGGUUUAACAUUCGCAGCAUGUGGGACAGUAAUCAUCAUCGUAUUUUUGGUACUAGUUGACCAGCAUAAGAAGCAUAUCAAAAGGGAAGCUCAUCGAAAAUUGGUGAAGCAACGAGAAGAUGUAUUAAAUUCACACAACCAUGGGAAAGCUGCUAAACUCUUCUCUGGAAAAGAAAUGAAGAAUGCAACAAAGAACUUCUCCAAGGAAAAUCUUCUUGGUGUAGGUGGAUUUGGUGAAGUCUUCAAAGGAAACCUUGAUGAUGGAACCUUAGCAGCAAUCAAAAGGGCAAAACUAGGAAAUACUCUGGGAAUGGAUCAAGUCCUAAAUGAAGUCUGCAUUCUAUGCCAAGUAAAUCAUCGAAGCCUGGUUCGAUUGCUUGGUUGUUGUCUUGAUUUAGAUCAACCAGUACUCGUGUAUGAAUAUGUUCCUAAUGGAACACUGUAUGAACACCUACAUGGGCGGUACUCUAAUGAAUGGGGGACUCUAACUUGGCAAAGGAGACUCUUGAUAGCUAAACAAACUGCUGAUGGUCUUGCUUAUCUCCAUUUCUCUGCUGUUCCACCCAUUUUCCACCGGGAUAUCAAAUCAAGUAACAUAUUACUUGAUGAAAAGCUUAAUGCAAAAGUUUCAGAUUUCGGUCUGUCAAGGCUUGUUGACACUGAUGCAACCCAUAUAUCGACUUGUGCACAAGGAACGCUAGGAUACCUUGAUCCAGAAUACUAUCAGAACUACCAGUUAACUGAUAGAAGUGAUGUUUACAGCUUCGGGGUUGUUCUUUUAGAGCUUCUUACUUCCAAGAAGGCUAUUGAUUUUAACAGGGAAGAUGAUGUGAAUCUAGCUGUUUAUGUAACUAAGCUUGCGGAUAGAGAGAAGUUGUUUGAUGCUGUUGAUGCAGGACUUACAACACAGGCAAGCAACCUAGAACUUGAAACCAUGAAAGCACUCGGGCUUCUUGCAGUUGCAUGUGUGGACGAACAAAGGAAGAAUCGGCCUUCCAUGAGAGAAGUAACAGAGGAACUUGAAUACAUUAUUAGUAUCAUUGACAAAGAGACUAAGAGUCUUCUAUAG